AUGAAAUAUGCAAACACUCCGUUAGAAAUAUGGGUUGAUCUGCGAGAAAGAUUUGGAAAAGAGAGUGCACCAAAAGCUUAUGAAUUAAAGCAAUCUCUCACUAACACCCAUCAAGAAGCUAAAGAGAAUGAGAGAUUGUAUGAAUUUUUGAUGGGUUUAAAUGGUGAAUUUAGCACUAUCAGGACCCAAAUAUUAUCCAUGAGUCCCAUUCCUACCCUCCGAACCGCCUACCAUAUUAUCGCCAAAGACGAACAACAGAGGGCAAUUUUCGCCAACAAAAGAACAGCCAUCGAUUCUGCUGCUUUCCAAGCUUUUCCACCAAGUCGCCCAGAGGAUUUUUCAACCCAAAAAUGGAACAAAUCAACGCAAAAAGAUGUAAAAAAUCCCAACAACAGUGAGUUAGAACAUUGUGAAUUUUGUGGAAGAGAUGGGCACAAUCGUAAAGUUUGUUUUAAGUGA